UCCUCAGAGCCAAGGAAAACCAUUUGUAUGUCCAGAGAAGAGUUCAUACAAAAGAUGACAGAGAUUGUUGGAUGGGGCACAAAAGAAGAAUAUGGGGACCUCUUUGACAAAGUGGAUGUGGCCCAAGAUGGCUUCAUUAAUUGGGACAAGCUAAGUUCAUUUAUACUGUUAUCACUUUAUGAGAAGGAUGAACGAGCAAAGGCAACUGUGGUUCCCCAGUGGAAGGAACUUGAAUUCCUUCCAGGAAAACACAAGGACACCAUUCAAAAAGUAGUUUUCUUAAAAAGUUCAAGUCGUUAUCUGACUGUCAGUAAAGAAGGUUUAUUAGGAUUCUGGGGAGAGAAUUUAAAGCUGCAAGAAACACUUCCUAUCACUUCAGAUGCUACCAAGCUCAAACACUUGUGGGUGACGAGUCUGGUUUCUCUGGAAAAUGUAAACAAGAUAGCAGUGGCUUUUACAAGUAAAGAGAUUUGUUUCUAUGAUCUGCUGUCCAAAGAAUUUCCUUGUCAAUACAAACUCCAAGGCCUGAAAGGAACACCAAUUUGCAUGGAUUAUUGGUAUGAUCCUCUUGACACCAACGAAUCAAUCCUUUCUUUUGGGGAUAUAACUGGAAAGGUUCAAGCAAUUGUUUUCACAUCAGCCUUGAUUUCCCUGUUUGAACGACCUGCUAGUGCAUGUGAAGAUGAAGAAGCCACCAUGACCAUUAGCUGGGCAGAACUCUUCUCUGGAUGUCACAAAUGUUGCCAUAUAUUACAACACAAACUUCAUCAUGGAGAUUGGGUCAGGCAAG